UCCGUCCCAUUCACAUUUAAAGCGGAGCCACAAUGCACUCAUUCACUGACUCAACAAAAACAACCUUACAAAUCCCGAGAGCCAGAAUGGAUGGAGUCAAGUCCAGUGGGGAGGCGAUGCAUAUUGAGGACUGCAGUUCCAGACAGUUGUCCAAGGAAAUGGUCAAAAAGCUGGUUCUCCAGUCCCAAGAGGCAAAGAAGCGAGCGUAUUGUCCCUACAGCAAAUUCAGAGUGGGGGCCGCUCUCCUGACCAUGGACAACUAUGUGUUUACAGGCUGCAAUGUGGAGAAUGCCUGCUACAAUCUUGGAGUGUGCGCUGAAAGGAAUGCGAUGUCCAAGGCGGUGUCAGAGGGCUACAGGAGUUUCAAGGCCAUCGCCAUCGCCAGUGACAUGGACGACCAUUUCAUCUCGCCGUGCGGUGGCUGCAGGCAGUUCAUGAGAGAGUUUGGGCCGAACUGGGACGUGUACAUGUCAAAGCCCGACGGGUCGUAUCGGAAAAUGAGAGUGGACGAGCUGCUGCCAGCGUCCUUUGGCCCCGAAGACCUGUCCAUGAAGAAAGUGUUUGACAUUCCUAAUGAGUACUGA